UCACACCGCAGUGCGUGCACGGCCACCCCCCCGCCAAGGGGACGAGCACGUUGUGCGUGCCUCAGAGCGCGUCCCCGCACUGCCCCAUCGCGUGGUCUGCUUUGGCUUCCAUAUUGCAGCGGUGUAUCUCUGGGAGGCCGCCCGGUCACCGAACCAUCACAGUUUCCAAUCUUUCUUUUGCUUUACCCGUUAGUUCGUCCCUUGCUCUGCGCGCUAUUAUCAGUGGGUGCACCCCCGCCCGGUGCUUUACAGUCCCGUCCCCCGACGGGGAGAUUGAGAGGGGAACGGGACAUGGCGGCUCAGGUGGAGGCUCCGCUGCUGCCCGCGAACCCGCUGCCCCUACAGCAGCAGCAGUCGCCGCUUGAGGAGAUGAUAGAGGACAGGCGGCUGGAGGGAGGGAAGCAGCGCCCUGCGAAAGAGGACGGAGGCGAGGACGUGUCGCUACGUAAGGAGUUUGUGGAGGCUCCCCCACCCAAGGUGAACCCCUGGAUGAAGGCUGGCGGGAGCAUCGUAAAUGGGCAGCUGCCCGUAGAACCUCCUGUUCCUGCCAAGGUGGUGAAAGCUGGAAACCCGAAGCCAAGGAGAGGAAGCAAGGUUGGGGAUUUUGGUGACGCCACAAACUGGCCUACACCAGGGGAAAUUGCCCACAAGGUUGUGCAGCCGUCUUCCAAACUCCAGCCAAGCCGCAAAUCCUUUGGCAAGAAGGACAUGAAAGAAGAGAGUGGUGAUGGGAAGGAAAACCAGAGAGUGAAAUCGGAUGAGUCCAGCGAAGAGAAGAAUGGCGAUGAUGAUUGCCAGAGAUCAGCUCACAAAAAGAAAGCGUUUCCCGCAGGAAACAAACACAAGUGGGUACCCCUGCAAAUCGAGAUGAAGCCUGAUGGACCAAGAGAGAAAAACGCAUCCAGGAAUAACCGGCAGAAUGAUCAGCAACGACACCCGCUGAACCGCAGUGACCCCAAAACAAUGUAUCCUGAUAAGACUGAGUGGCAGGACUUCGACGAUACUUCCAGCGUGAAAAGUGAGGGAGCCAUCAGAGGUGGCUUUAGGGGCAGAGGUCGUGGCCGAGGGAGAGGAAGGGGACGUGGUCGAGGAGGCAGCCGUUCACACUUUGACUAUCCGUACGGGUACAGGAAAUUUGAUGGUACCGAUGGAACACGUGGGCCCAAGUUUCUCAGUAAUAUCACUUAUUACUACGACAACAUGAGUAGUUCCGAGCUGUACAGUGUGGACCAGGAGCUUCUUAAAGACUACAUCAAACGACAGAUAGAAUACUACUUUAGUGUGGACAACCUGCAGAGGGACUUCUUCCUGCGCCGCAAGAUGGAUUCUGAAGGUUUCUUGCCUAUUGCUUUGAUUGCAGGUUUCCACAGAGUACAGGCUCUUACUACAGACAUUGAACUAAUAAUCAAGGCACUAAAGGACAGCAAAGUGGUAGAGAUUAUUGAUGAGAAGAUUCGAAGGAAAGAACAGCCAGAUAUGUGGCCGCUUCCAGGUCCCUCCCUUUCAGAUGCUUCCCAGACUGACUUCUCUCAACUCAUAAAUUGUCCUGAGUUCAUCCCCAGGCAAGGAUUCCAGAAUGAAACAGAAUCUGCUCCUGGCUCUCCUCGAACCUCCAGCCCAUCACGAACAACAAAAUCGGAAGAGGUCAGUAACUUGAAGACCAUGCCAAAGGGUCUUUCAGCCAGUUUGCCCGACCUGGACUCUGAAACUUGGAUAGAAGUUAAGAAAAGGCCGCGGCCUUCCCCCGCAAGAACCAAGAAACCAGAUGAAGUGAAGUCGCCACAGGUGGUUAUACCAUCUCCAUCUCUGAUGACUCCACAAAAGCCACCCAAAGAUCAAGAUGAACCAGAGGAAUUGGACUUUAUGUUUGAUGAGGAAAUGGAGCAAAUUGAUGGCCGGAAGAAUACUUUCACUGACUGGUCAGAUGAGGACUCGGACUUUGAGAUUGAUGAUCGAGAUGUGAACAAGAUUCUUAUUGUGACUCAAACACCACCUUCACUACGCAAACACCCUGGAGGGGACCGCACUGGCAACCACACUUCUCGUGCAAAGAUGAGCUCAGAGUGGGCCAAAGUUAUCAACGAUGGCCUGUUCUAUUACGAGAAGGACCUGUGGACUGAACAGUUUGAGCCUGAAUACUCUCAGAUUAAGCAAGAGGUGGAGAACUUUAAAAAAGUGAACAUGAUUAGUCGGGAGCAGUUUGUCACCUUAACCCCUGAGCCGCCUGUGGAUCUAGAACAGGAGGUUCCGCCAGGACCGCCACGGUUUCAGCAAGUUCCUACAGAUGAUUUGGCUAUUAAACUGUUCGGUGUCGCUGAACCUUCAACGAUUGCCCGAUCUCUACCAACCACUGUUCCCGAAUCUCCGAAUUACCGUAAUGCACGUACGCCACGUACCCCACGCACACCCCGGUUGAAGGAUCCAACUCUUACGCCAAGGUUUUACCCUGUGGUUAAAGAAGGCAGGACGAUAGAUGCUAAGACUCCACGGAAAAGAAAAACGCGACACAGCUCCAACCCGCCAAUGGAAUGCCACGUAGGAUGGGUGAUGGAUUCCAGGGAGCACAGAUCUCGUACUGCCUCAGUCAGCUCCAAUGCCAGCCCAUCUGAGGGUGCCCCAGCCUUGAGCAAUUACGGAUGUACCCCACAAUCUCUGCCAAAGUUCCAGCAUCCUUCCCAUGAACUGUUGAAGGAGAAUGGAUUUACACAACAUGUUUACCACAAGUACCGCCGACGUUGCCUUAAUGAAAGGAAACGGCUGGGCAUUGGCCAGUCUCAGGAGAUGAACACCCUCUUCCGCUUCUGGUCCUUCUUUCUCCGAGAUCAUUUCAAUAAGAAAAUGUAUGAGGAGUUCAGGCAACUGGCCGUGGAAGAUAGCAAAGAGGGAAACAGAUACGGGUUGGAGUGCCUAUUCAGAUACUAUAGUUACGGGCUAGAAAAGAAGUUCCGAGUGGAUAUAUUCAAAAAUUUCCAGGAAGAGACUAGAAUGGACUAUGAAACAGGUCAGCUGUAUGGGCUGGAGAAGUUUUGGGCCUUCUUAAAAUAUUCCAAAGCCAAAAACCUUGACAUAGACCCCACAUUGCAGGGCUAUCUGAGCAAGUUCCGCAGACUAGAGGAUUUCAGGGUUGAUCCACCAAUGGGAGAAGAUGGAGGAUCAAAGAGGCGACACUCACUCUCAACAGGAGAGGGCAGGAGGAGGUACCCAUCCCAGUCUUCCAGCAGAGGAUCUGGUCAUCAGUCUCAGACUUCAGCCCAGAAUUCAGCAAAGAAAGAGGCCAAAGCCCAAAGCCAUCCUUCCACUGCGGCAUCGGAUUCCCAGAUUCCUGGAGCAGGGAAGUAGACAGAAUAUAAAAUUGGAGUGGAACUAAGGACUGGGAAGGGAACAUUGUUUCUUGGAUAUGGAAAGUGGAUAUAUCACACAAUAGAUUCAGCCUUCUUCCUGCAAGAAACUUCUAUUACCAGAGACUCCAGGUGCUGGAGGCAAGGACUGAUUGUUCCCAUGCCCUUUGCACCUAUAGGGGGCAGCUGCUCGUGCUAAAGAGGAAGAUGAUCUUUGGUUAGGGGUAUGACAUUUAGUUUAAUUUGUUUUAGCAGAAACCUGGAGGAAAGCCCUCUCUGUGUUCAGAGGGAGACAAUUCCUUUUAUUCCCUUUGUUUUUAAAUUAUUGAAUUUGAGCAGCAAUCUCUCGGUGUGGAAUUAAAGACAUGUGGACUCGUCUGCCGUGAGAUGGCCACACUCAAACAAGAGCAGAGCUUUGCUGUUACAGGCUCACAAUGCGAUACACAGGACCCUUCUACGGCUUCUGUCUCUUGCAUGAGACAAAUCCAUUUUCUCUGAAGCAAAGAUUUUGGCUUCUGCAGCAUCUCAGAUCUUGGACGUUGUCUUUUAAACAAUGCCACUUCCUCAUUACUUUAAAAGGGGGAUCCAGAUAUUGUCCACACGAUGGAGCUGCUUCUUCUGGCUUUAUCUUCUUCCCGCAGCCGUUAUUGAUCCCUUGGCAUGCAGCUCAUGGCUUCAAGACAACCCUGCAGUUUUAUUUUUUUCCCCUUUUCAGAGAGAGAGAGAGAGAAAUAUAUAUAAAUAUAUUUUUAUUUUUUCUUUUGUUUUAUUAUUUGACUGUGAAUGCGUAAAAAAAAAAACUCAACUGCCUUUUAUUUCCUUUUUAAAGCUAUUAAUCUGUUCAGCAAUGAGAGAACAAAGAUGAUGAAACGUUGCCUUAUAGUAACCUAGAAGCUUGCAGAAGCAGCUGCCAUUUUGGAAUGAAGGAGCAGCCAACGCAGCCACAGACAUAUCACCUGGCGUAAUAUAAUAGCACUGCAUCCCAUGCUGCUGUUUAUCUUCAUAGGGGAAACUGUUUAAGGUUGUCUACCCCAGGACUCAAUAAUUUGGUAUUUAAAAUUCAUUUUAUGCCGCAGGAUAUAAAGGAGGAAGUGGCAAAUAGAUUUUUCUUUUUAAUUCACAAAUUAAAAAAUUUCCCUUUAGGGAGGGAUGAUAAACAACAAAUCAGUUCCAUACUGCAAAGGGGUUAGUUGUGUUGCAUUUGCUGUGUUUCUUUGGGGAUCUUAGGGCUUAAUUCUACAGAACAUUUUGGAAAUCCCUUGCCGACCAGGCAGUUAUUGAACCACAGAUUACACUGAGGAGAAGUUUGCACCUUAAUAGACCCCCUCCCCCCCCACCCGACACAAUGGAAAUGGAAACUACUUUCAGUCUCUGGUGCAAAGUCAAAUCUGACGAGAGACUGAGAAGGUGCAUCUACAAUCAAGCUAGAAUGGAAGACACUACCAUUGACUUACAUGUGAAUAGCUCUUUGCAUCGUGGCUUGUAUGAUUAGUAAGUGGUCAGGGUGGGUUACCUUAUGAAUUAGGGUAGUUGGGAACAAUUAACCAGGGUGACGGGGGUGGGUUGUAUUGUGUGAUGUCAGGAUACAACAGUACAAUCAUCCCCCAUAGUGAUGUGUGGGCCGUCUCGAUACCUGUGGGUCAGGCGGGUUUUGGAUGCCCCUGCAAGAUUCUUCCGUCAAAUGCCGACUUCCGGAUUUGUCUUUUAUAGACGCUGCGCCUGCUAGCCUUGCCUCUUUUGUGACGUUAUCAGCGGGGCGGGUCUAUAAAAGCAACCCGGAAGUGCGGGCCAAGAGAAGGACGGGUGUGCAUCGGGGAAAUCCUGACCCGCACAUCACUAAUCCCCCGUGCAUUGUAUUGUGCAACACUGGCCUAUUUGUUUCAUGCAUUUAGUCUCUAAAAUGAAGUUACCAGGCCUGGUAUCAGAGUGCUAAAAGCAAUAAUCCCGCCUACGAUGAAUGAGGGCUGGAUCCUUAAGGAACCAUAGCUGGUUACUCAGAAGUUAAAUGGCCCUGCCAUUCAUUCUUUAUCCUGUCAAUGCUCACUGCCUGUUGGGCAGCUGCCAUCUUGCCAGUUUACCUCUACUUGGAUUUGUUUUCCAUUUUAUUCAUGGCGUGAGAGGGUAGAUAUGAGUGCCUAAACACUCCCGGAAUCCCUUGAGGGUGCUUCACUCGCCCAUCCCCAAGUAGUAGCAAAACUAGUCACAAUAUCUGCCUUUCUAGGCAUUAAUGUGCUACAGAUCAUAUAUCUUCAGAUAUAUAAAUAUAUUUCAACACCGGCCUAUUGACAGUAGAUAGUGUGUCCUUUGUUUAGCUACUUCUCCAUAUUUUUUGUCCCCCACAUAAGAUGGCAGGAAGGAACUGUUGCUUUGUUGCACCUUACAAAUCCAUUUAAAAACACAUAAUUGUUUUAAAACAAUGACCCCCAAACUUCUGGGGGAGAUCACAUUAUCUAUAUUUGCACAUGACUUUCCUCAAACCACUUUUUAUUCCUUGAACUGUACCCUUCAUACAUUGAAAUACAUCCUUCAUGCCUCAGCAGACUGACCUUCUUCGUGCUGAUUUGUCAGUUUUACCUGAGAAUGAUGAGUUGAUUGGUGCUCAGUGUUCACUGUUCUAUGGACUCCUCUACCUUCUCCUUCACAAGCCUUUGCCGACACUUACAUAACACCUUCCGAAGUCACCGAUUUGGCUUUGUGCAAACGCUGCUGCCCCCUCCGACUGUGGAAUGCUUCACAUACAUUACCCUCCCCUUCCCCCAUUAUGCUCAAAUCAGAAAAGGACAGAAAAACAAAAAAUGUACAAAAAAAUGGAUAAAAAAUUGAAAAAUGUAAAAUACUUGAAUGAGCGCUUGUACUAUAAACAUUAAUAUUAUUCAGAGUAUCCAUUCUUAUUGAGUUAUGAUUUUGCUUCUAGCUGUGCUUUAGUCAUUUCUUGGUAAUUUGUGGUAAUUAUACUUUUUUCCUUUUUAAUACAAAAAAAAUGUAUAAAAAUAAAAACUUCAAAAGGCAA